AUGUCUACUAAAGAUACAAAUGAUGUUAAACCCACAAGUUCCAAAUCUAAUGAGAUAAGUCUGUCUGGAACAGCAACGCCAAAAAAGACGAGUUCAGUGCCAGCCAAGGAGGAUCGAAAAGACACGACCAAGAAGGAUAUAGCGAAUGAACGCACAUCUUCAUCAAAAUCUAAAGAUGACUCUGAGAAAUACGUUGAAUUGAAAAAUAAACUAAUCCAGCAAAUUCUUAAGAAGCAAGAACUAACUAGAAAGCUAACCACGCUAGAGGAUUCGAUAUAUCAAAAAGAGAUAGAUUAUUUCGAAGAGAGCCCGCUUGGUAAUAUCGUAAAAGGUUUUGAGAAUUUCUCAAAGACUAGUGGUGGCGGUGGUGCAAAUAAGAGAAAGAUUGUCUAUAGUGAAGAUGAUCACAUAUUUAGCCUCAGUUCAGUCAACUAUAUAAAAAGUUUGAUGAAAAGACAGGGCCAUACAUCAAACGGGGGGUCUUCAAAAGACGAUUUUGAUGAUUAUGAAGAUUCUGUUGAUCCAACCACUGCUAGUGCAGGAAGUAAAGCUAAUAGUAUCGAGAAGAACGAGACGCCCAGUGGUAGUAGUGGCACACCUAGUAGAAAAAGAAAGGCAAGAGUAUUGGAGGAUUAG